AUGGCCGUUUAUGCGGGGGAUACUCCCACUCCGACUGGAAUCAAGGUCAUCAUAGUUGGGCUCGGAAUAGCAGGCUUAAGUGCCGCCAUCGAAUGUCAUCGGAAGGGCCAUGAAGUAGUGGUCUAUGAGAAGCUGCCGCGGCUUAAAGGAGUUGAGGGAGACGGCAUCACAAUUGGAGCGAACGGCGCUAUAGUGACCGCGAAAUGGGGAGACGGCGCAUUUCAUGAUAUGGUCCGCCCACUGGAAUAUAAAACCAACAGAGCAAAAGUGUUUGAUUACACCGGCUAUGCCUAUGGAGAAUUCGAGCUCCACGGGUAUAAUGAAGGUAGAGGAUAUACAGCCAACCGUGGUGCACUCGUUUCCGUUAUGUAUGAAUACUCUCAGACGCUCGGUAUAAAGGUCUUCCUGGAUUCCACAGUAACAGACUAUUGGGAAAGUGAGAGUGAAGCUGGUGUUGUUGUCAACGGCGAAAGAGUUGCAGCAGAUUGCGUGAUUUGUGCUGAAGGAAUUCACAGCCCGGGAAGAAAAAUCAUCACGGGCCAAGAGAUGGAACUGCAGGAAACCGGAUUUUCUGCAACUCGAGGGUAUCUGGAUGCCAAUAUAGUAGCUCAAGAUUCCAAACUGAGCUGGAUCAUUGAUGACAUAGAAACAGAAGACUGCAUUUACGGAUGGCUUGGACCUCGAGUUCAUUUUGGCAUCACAACUAAGAAGAAGGAUAAUGAACUCUUUUGGUAUUGUUGCCAUCAGCGUAGGCUUAUUGUUGUUGGUGAUGCAGCCCAUGCGGCUCUUCCAUCCAGUGGCCAGGGUGGCACACAGGCAAUUGAGGAUGCAGCGGUCCUUGCAAUUGCUCUGGAACUUGCAGGGAAGCAAGACGUGCCACUCGCACUGGCAGUGUCAGAGAAACUCAGGUAUAGUACAACCUUCCUAGAUCCGAGCUGGAGACAACGCAGCUCAAUUGAGAAUCCAUACAGGUACCAGCGGGCUCGCAUAGUCCAACAAGGGGGGCUGGCUGUGCUGCAAUUUGUCAUGAACCAUGUUGACUUCGAAGGGCUCCGAAAGGACCCAACGAUGGUCAAACCCCCACACCCGGCCUGGAUCCUCGACCAUGACUGCCAGGAAUAUGCAGUCCGGGAAUUUCCGGCUGCUGCUGAGGCGGUCCGAACCGGGGGCGACUAUGUACCGCACAACAUCCCCAGCGACGGCCAGUACCGGAUGGAAUACAACAGUAAGUAG